UUUAACAUGGGAAAUAAGUUGGGCAGCAUAGCACAUUUCCUUCUGUUGUUCAUCCUUUUGUGUAGUCUGGCUCUUUUCACGCCAGUAGACGGCCUUAUUAGGAUCAAACUAAAGAAAAUAAAAAGAAAUGAAACCAACCAUAUUGAAUCAGCUCUCAGCAUGCAUGAUGGAGAUUAUUUGGACGCCUUUAUAAGGAAAUAUAGCCGGAGAGAGAGUAACCUUGGGGAUUAUGAAGACUCUGACACCGUAUCACUAACAGACUAUAGGGAUGCUCAAUAUUUUGGUGAGAUUGGCAUUGGCACCCCACCUCAGAAGUUCACUGUGAUCUUUGAUACUGGUAGUGCCAACUUGUGGGUACCAUCAGCAGAUUGCUUCUCCUCGGUAUCUUGCUCCUUCCACUCGAAAUACAAGUCAAGUCAAUCAAGCACAUACAAACUAAAUGGGAAACCAGCUACUAUCCAGUACGGUGAUGGAUCUAUAUCUGGAUACUUUGGUGAAGACACUGUCAGAGUUGCUGAUAUAGUUGUUGAGGAUCAGAUGUUCAUAGAGGCAAUAAGAGAGUCUGAUGAUGAGAUAUUUUCAAAGGCGAAGUUUGAUGGUAUCCUUGGGCUUGGAUUCAAGGAAAUCUCUGUUGGCGAUGCUAUCCCAGUAUGGGAGAACAUGGUUGAUCAAUAUCUUGUAAAGGAGCGGGUGUUCUCAUUUUGGCUGAGCGGAAAAUCCGAGGAAGGUGAAGGGGGUGAAAUCGUCUUUGGUGGUGUUGAUCCAUAUCACUACAAGGGUAUGCAUACGUAUGUUCCAGUCACAAAAACAGGUUAUUGGCAGUUUUACAUGGACGAUGUUCUUAUUGGUGGAGAAUCGAAUGGAUUUUGUGAAGGUGGAUGUUCUGCAAUUAUAGAUUCGGGAACUUCAUUGAUAGCCGGCCCAGCGAGUGUGAUCAACCAAAUAAAUCUUGCCAUCAGAGCAACUGGGCUUAUUACUGAUGAAUGUAAGAAUUUUGUUAGCCAUUUUGGGAACCUGGGAUUUGAUAUGGUUGCACAAUUGUUUAAAGACCCGAAGAACCUUUGCUCCAGAGGUGGAAUCUGUAGUGAAGGUGGGGGGAGUUCUAGUAUUGGCAUUAGGAGCGUUGUCGACAAGAGCAAUCGUUUAUCAGCAAGCGUACAGUGCAGAGCAUGUGAGAUAAUAUUGGGAUGGUUGCAUAAAGAGCUUGCAGAGAACCAGACACGAGAAAGUCUCUUCAGUUUGGGGCGCGAGCUAUGCACAUUGCUGCCAAGCCCAGUGUCAGAAUCUACAGUUGACUGUGCAAAACUUUCUACUAUGCCAAUUGUUUCGUUUAAAAUUGGCGGCAAAGAGUUUGAACUUUCGCCUCAUGAUUACAUAUUUAAGGUUGGCAAGGGUUCUGUUGCACAAUGCGUUACUGGUUUCCGUGCUUUGGAUAUUCCACCUCCGGGUGGCCCACUCUGGAUACUCGGUGAUGCCUUUAUGCGUCGUUACCACACUAUAUUUGAUUAUGACUUCCUUAGAGUUGGAUUUGCAGAAGCGGCAUAAAUGGGACGUCUCAAACAUAGGUGUUACUGCUUUUGGUGAACUGUUAUCAUUGCUUGUGUAUCUUGUAAACCUAUUUCUAACACUUAUUACUAGUAACAAGUACUGUACUUGGCUUUGUGUGCUCAAUGCUAGC